AACUUCGGACAAUGGUUGUCCAUCUCUCUCUCUCCUGUGUUGCUUCGUACAAGAGGAACAAGAACAGACUUUCGCUGUCAAAGUUUGUCGAUAUUUAAUUUCGAUCUUUCAACCGACGUUCAUCGUGAAGAUGAUCGAUGACACUUUCCAGACAUGAACGGGCAAAAUUUUUAAGUAAAAGUUCGAUUCACCUAAGAAGAAACAAUGUUCAAAAUUCCUGUUUAAUUCAUCAUGCAUAAAACUGAACCAGCGAAAAACGUGUCUGGAGCGGCGGCCGAGAAGAAGGAACCAGCAGUAGGGACAUCCGGAGAGGGUGACGUUCCCAAGCGAAAGAAAGCGCAGCGCUUCGACUUCGGGAGAAGAUGGCAUCGAUUUCGUGUUCUAACCCCAAACACUGCAAUCCUGCGUGGUUCCUACGCGAUGAACCACGCUCACUUCAAGUACAGAAGUCGCGGUCGCCAGGCAGCUCCUUGCUCAGUGGUGUCCAUCGUCUACGGACGUUUAUUCGAGCCGAAAGACUGGGUGAAAGAGUACGUGGACCAAGUGCUGGAAAAUGGCGACAAGCUAUAUCGCAUAAGCGCGAUGAGGAACCGCGUGAAGGAUGACGAGUACAUGAAGGCCAAGCUGGUGUUUCCAGAGUUCUACAUCUCCAAUUACAAGGUCCUAGUCUGCGUGGAGGAAACUGGCAUCUACGGAAACCUCUUCAGCGAAACGGUGGGUUGUCCAGACUUCAGUGACGGUCUGUCGAAAUUCUUCCAGAGCAACGAUGCUGGUGUGGUCACUGCUCAAGGUACAUCGAUGGCCAUGUGGCGACAUCCUGAAAUCGGGUUCCUCUUCUUCGACCCGGCUCCCUGCGACGAGGAGGGCGUUCACCACCCCGAGGGAGUAGCCUGCAUCAUGAGAUUCAAGUGCUUGCAAGACAUUCAGGAGCACUUCCUCAAGAACAUGGACAAACGCUUCGACUCUCGGUACUGCAUCGACAAGGUGACGGUGCUGCGAGUGAGCGAGGUCGGUCGUGGCUACGUGGAUCGUCUUCCGAGCAGCAGUCGCCUGCCGGUCGAUAAAAGCGUCCUGCGUGCCAUCAACCCCAUAGACAUCGAGGACAACAAGAUGGAUUGCACCAAGCCAGCGCCCAAGGGCGAUAAGGUGAAGGCUACGUUGACUGCCAAGAUCCACAAGGAACCGCUAGCGAUCACCAUUUCGAACUACAGCAUCGACAGACACUUCGCCACUGAUCCCUUAGUGGAUCAGAACAACUUCGACACCGGUUACAGUUACGAGAACAUGCACAUCAACGUGCCGUCGACGUUCAGGGAGAUGCCGGGGCACAUGGCCAUCCUUCAUGGGUUGACUCACGAGCACAGCGAUAUGUACAAGGGUAAGGGAGCACAGAACGUGUCCAACUGUGUGAUGGCUAUCGCCAUGAAGAAGGUCCACCCGGUGAAAACCUGGUUGAGACCAAAGCUGGACGAAAUUCUGGCACUGGGAGACAACGUGUACGCCGAGAUCAAGUCUGCUAAGCCGAUGGUGAGGACUAUGACAGCGUCCGACAUGAACGACGCGCAGAUCGAAGUGGAGGACAGGAAGCUGGUCGUGGACGUGGACUUGAUCACCGUUACAGGAACGAUCUCGUCUAAGAUCCCAACGGUGCUGAACCUGAAGCAGGCGUUGGAGGAGUUCUUCUUGGUCAACACCGAAGGGGUGAUCGAGUCGUCCGCCAUGUCUGUGGCGAUCUGGAGCCAGGACGACAUGUUCUACAUGUUCGAUCCUCGCGAGUGCGACUCCAGUGGUGUGCGAAUUCGCGACGAGAAGGGUGGGAAGGGUAAAGGGGAAGCGGAAGAUAGGAAGAUUGGACAUUCUUGCGUGAUAAGGUUCCCUAACACCGAAAUGCUGGCUGCACUGUACUUGAAGAACGUGGAACAUGCUAAGAAGAACGAUCGAUUUACCGUCAGACAUCUCACUAUUUUGGACGAUGUACCCGGGACCAGACCCUGGCACGACUUUCAGCCGGGCACUGCUGGGGAGACGUGGGUCCUUCGAGGCACCAUAUCCAACGAAGACGAGGACUUCGAGGACGAAAGUCGAGGCGCUCAAGGACUCGCCAUACCGGUCAUAGCUCUGGUUAGUGCGAAAGAAACACCGCCCACGAAGUGGACGAACGAGACGGUGGACAGCGUGAUUCGGGAAGGGGACGAUUACUAUAACUGGUGCAACCCCGUCACGGAAAUCGGGGAGGAGACCGAGCGUUUCUUCUUUGUGCCGAACUUGAAGAAGAAUUUGUACUUCAAGAACCGGAAGGUGAGGAUAGACGUGGAGGAAGGAACGGUCGUGGGGGACCUAACUGCAGCGCCGGACAGCGACAUACCGAAUUUGGCCAAAGGUCUGAGUCAGUUCUUCGAGAAUUAUCAGUACGGAAUCGUUGACGCGAAGAAUAUGAGUGUGGCCGUGUGGAAGGUCCCGGAAGACGUGAAGGUGAAGGACGACAUAGUGCAGCAGGACGUUUUCUACUGCUUAGAUCCGAAUCCUCGGAACAGUCUGGGGCUCUGGUCCGGAGAAGAAGAAGAAGAGGAGAACGUGGGCUGCGUGAUUCGGGCUCUGAAUCUUCCCGUUUUAGCGAAAAUAAUCGAGACGAACGCGGGUCAGGACCAAGAGAGCGGCAACGAGUUCUCUAUUCAUGCCAUGAAGAAUGUUGCUAUCGGAUCCGAAAUGACUCCCGAAGAGAUCGAGGAGGAUAAACAGAUCCCGGUGAAACCCGAUCUGCGCAAUUAUUAUAGUGCGGGCGAAACGGGGGCCGUGUUGUUGGGCAGUUACAGCCAGGGUAACGAGGCGAUGUUCAAGCGUCACACCAGGGACAAACAGCAGGCAGCGAGUGCUUUGGUGACCUUGGCGAUGACGAAGUUGUACAACCCUCAUCUCUGGUACAGAGAGGUGGUCGACGAUAUUCUGAAAGUGAGCGACAAGAUCACCCUGGACAACCUUGAGAAUCUUUCGGAAGAUGUCGCCGAGGGAGAGACACCGAGGGACUACCUCAUCCCUAGCGAGAUCGCCGAGGAUUUCGCUGUAGGGGUGAAUCGAAUAUACGUAGCCCUAGAAGAGGACAACGUUUCCGGUAGGAUGGCCGAUCUUACGACGUCGUUGGAGACCUUCUUCGAGACGAAUGUCAUGGGCGUAUUUAGGCAAGCCAACAUAAUCAUGCCCAUUUGGAGGGAAGCCGACGUGUUCUUUACGAUGGACCCUAAAGGAAGGGAUCAAAGAGGAGAACCUCGAGAAAGAGAUGGCGCAGCCGCGGUAAUGUGGUUCACUGAUAUUCCAUCUUUAGUCAACGCGAUUCAAGCUGUUGCCAUCGGUGAAGAUUUCGUCAUCGACGUGGUCACUUUGGACAACGCGUACGAAACGAGAGUUGCCGAAGAGGAGCGUCCAACGAGACCAACUGCCGGGGACAACCCAUGGUACCACUUCCCUAAAAUGGCGGAAGGCGUGUGGAACAUCGACGGUACCGUUAAGAUGGGCGACGAGAGGUUCCAAGAGGAGAAUCGUAACAGGCAGACAGCAGCCAUCGCGGUUAUGGCUAUCGUCUUCUCCAAGGUCUACGAGCCACGGUACUGGACUCAGGCCGUGUUGGACGAGGUCAUCGUUACCGGUGAUAAGCUACAUUCUAAGUGCGUGGACAGACUCGGAGAAGCUGCUGUGCCUAGGAUCAAUGAAAUCAUGACGGAAUUCUUUCUCUCCACUCGUCGUAUCAACCUGACGAUCAAGGAUUGCGUCGAGGCCGGGAGUUUGACCGCUAAACCACCCAAGGUACAAGAUCUGGAGGCGGGAAUUAAGAAGUUCUUUUCGCGGUACAUUUCGGGGGCGUUGACAGUUAGCGGGGAAAAGAACGUAGCCAUGUGGAAGUUCGAUAACGAGUUCUAUUCCCUAAUUCCUGAUUGGGGGGCGAGCGCGGAAGAAACAACAGCAGGUGCUUCCAAGUUGCUGCGUUUCGCCAACAUCGACAUCCUCAUAGAGUAUCUUAUGAAUUACUUCGGCACCGAAGGAGACUACGAGCUGAUCGUAAUAGACGUGGUCAAUUGGAACAAGUUUCCACCUUGGAAAUUCGAUCCCAGCUCUGCCGUUCGUCCUUCGAACCUGCCUCCUUUGAACGCCUACAGAAGAGUUCACGGCGAAGCUCGAGCGAUUCUUCGGGGCACCUAUCAUCAGGGUGACGAGAUAUUCCCAGAACUGCUGCGAAACAAGCAGACAGCCGCCAAUUGCGUGGUAGCUCUUGGGAUGUCCGUGGUGAAGAACCCGAUCACGUGGACGAAGAAAACGAUGGACGAGAUCCUGGUGAUCGGUAUCAAUGUUCAUCGAGAGACGCAGAAAGCCAAGCCAACCAUAACCCGCAUCAAGCCUAAGGACAUCAUCAGAGUCUUUCACGUGGGAGUUAACAUCCUGACAGCGGACAUAGAAACAGAUACGGUGAGCGGUCUGGUGGCGAUUCCUCCCCCAGCACCCGAGGACCAGAAGAAGAAGAGACGCGGAGGUCAAAGGAGAGCGAGAGGCGGUAGGGGUAAAAAGAGCAGGAAACCUCAAAGGGUGCGAGCACCUCCUCCGCCACCAAUUUUGCUGGAAGAAGGCGUUAAAAAGUUCUUCGAGAAAAAUCGCGCUGGGAUUUUGGUCACCGACCGAGGAAUGGUGGCCAUCUGGAAGGACAUGGGGAUCUACUUCAUGUACGACUCCAGGGCGCGCAGCGACCAAGGUUUACCCGAUUUCUACGGCACCUCGUGCGUCAUGUGGUUCGCCUGCAUCGAGCCUCUGUACGAGGUACUGUUCGCCAACAUCGACGAACAGGAGAAGUACGGUCGUUACGAGAUUUGCAGGGUCAUCAUCAAGACCGCCAUGAUAGAGCCUCUACCGUGUCCCGCCGGCUUCAGACCGUACUUCGACUGCACGACUUCGCCCAUCCCCAUGACUCUCAUGAAGAGGAACACCACGCUAGACGUGGAGACCGUCACCGACUAUCGCAUCGUCGACGAUGAGCUCAGCAUCCUUCGUGGCAGUCUGCACAUGCACCACCGUACUUGGAGUCCCAUCAGUCGAGGCUUCCAGAGUACAGCGAUCGCGGCUGUAGCAAUAGUGGUUGGACUUCUCCACGUUCCUUCCACCUGGACACCCGAGCUGAUCGACGCGAUCCUCAGGUACGGCGACCUUCUGCACUCGGACAGUGUGCGGGCCGCUCGUCCCGGCUACAGAAACCUGUCUCCCAGCGAACUGUUGACCGUCUUCAUCGUCGGUGACUUCAGAGCCACCAUACACGUCCACAAUCACACCACGGCCGGUCUGCUUCACACGUUCGACUUGUCCGAGUCACUAACCAUGUUCUUUCGCUCGAAUUGCGCCGGCAUCCUUCACACCACCAACAUGGCUGUCGCGGUGAUGCAGCACUACGGCAAGUUCUACCUGUUCGAUCCGUGCGCGAGGAACGAUCAAGGGAGACCCAGCUUCGACGGCACUGCCUGCGUGAUGAAGUGCGAGAGCAUCAUGAAGAUGGCCUCCAUGUUCGUCACCAAUUGCAACCUGAAGACACCGAACGUGUACACUCUGAACGCGGUGAACGUGCUGAAUCCGUACUUCUUCUCGGACGCCAAGAGCAGCUGCCCACCGAAAUGUGAACAAUGACAUUCUUUUCGUUGCUACAUUCAUUUUGAGAUUGAAAUUUUGUCCUGGUGAUUUGUAAUAAAGUUCUGAUACCUCUGUUA